CUGUCCAAUCAUAAUAGAAAAUCUGCUGUGGUGUUCGCUUCCGAUUGUGAUUGUGGCUGCCAGGAGCAAAUUUCGUCACUUCGAGCCAAAAUUGUAGAUAUAUUUUUGGAAUUCACUAUAUCCAGACUGAUGUUAAAGUUUAACCAGAUGGCAGACUGUGUGUCUAAAGUGGAGCUGACUGUCUCCUGUUCAAACCUGCUGGACAAGGACAUAGGGUCCAAGUCGGAUCCUUUGUGUGUGCUGCUGCAGCGGUCUGGAAAAGACAGCUGGACUGAGUUAUGCCGCACCGAGCAUCUUCAGAACACCUCCAGCCCGUCCUUCAGUCAGCGACUCCGUCUGGACUACCAGUUCGAGACGGUGCAGAACCUCAAACUUGGCGUUUACGACAUCGACAACGCGUCCCGGGACCUCGGGGACGACGAUUUCCUGGGAGGUGUGGAGAUCACCCUGGGACAGAUAGUUUCCAGUAAAACGCUGACCAGGCCGCUCCAGCUGAAGAAAGGAAAACCUGCUGGGAAAGGGACCAUUACUAUCACCGCAGAGGAGAUAAAGGACAAUAGAUCCAUUCAGUUGGAGCUCGAAGCUAAAAAUCUUGAUAAGAAGGACACCUUUGGGAAGUCGGACCCCUUCCUGGAGUUUUUCAAGAAAGGAGACGAUGGCAAAUGGCAGCUGGUCCACAGAACAGAGGUCGUGAAGAACAACCUGAAUCCAAGCUGGAAGAAGUUUUCGGUCCCCCUGCAGACGUUUUGCAGCAGCGACCUAGAAAGGCCUCUCAAGGUGGAUUGCUCCGACCACGACAGCGACGGCUCGCACGACCUCAUCGGCUCGUUCACCACCAAAGUGUCGGAGCUGCAGAAAGCGGCUGGCGGUUCGCCGGUGGCGUUUGAUUGCAUCCAUCCGGAAAAGCAGAAGAAGAAGAAGAGCUACAAAAACUCUGGGGUGGUUUCUGUGAAGAGCUGCAAGUUAGCCACGCAGCACAGCUUCUUGGACUACGUGAUGGGCGGCUGCCAGAUCAACUUCACAGUGGGCAUCGACUUCACGGGCUCCAACGGGGACCCUCGCUCGCCCAACUCUCUCCACUACUUGAGUCCGGACGGGCUGAACCAGUACUUGUCUGCACUCUGGUCCGUGGGGCAGGUCGUCCAAGACUACGACACUGAUAAACUCUUUCCGUUUGGGUUUGGAGCCAAACUUCCUCCGGACUACCAGGCCGCACAUCACGAGUUCGCCCUCAACUUUAACCCCGCCAACCCCUACUGUCAAGGCGUUCAGGGUAUCGUGGAGGCCUACAGGAUGGUUCUCCCGCAGCUCCGACUCUCCGGGCCCACAAACUUCUCGCCCAUCAUCAACCACGUGGCCUCCAUCGCCUCCGGCGCCGCCCAGAUCGACAGCGCCUCCCAAUACUUCAUCCUCCUCAUCCUCACCGACGGCGAGAUCACCGACCUGGAUCAGACCCGGGACGCCAUCGUGCGCGCCUCCCGCCUGCCACUGUCCAUCAUCAUCGUGGGGGUGGGGCCGGCCGAUUUCAAGGCCAUGGAGCUGCUGGACGGGGACGACGGCGUGCUGAGGUCCACCGUGGGGGAGGCCGUCGCCAGGGACAUCGUGCAGUUUGUCCCCUUCCUCAAGUACAAAGACGCGCCCCUGGAGACGCUGGCCAAGUCGGUGCUGGCCGAGGUGCCCACCCAGGUGGUGUCCUACUUCAAAAUGAGAGGCCUGCAGCCCCUCAAGGUGCCCGCCAAGGUGCCCGCCAAAGCAUAAAUGCCAACCACUUCGACUGGUCCAAUCAGCAGCGCUUAACUGGCAGCCAAUCACAAGGCCAGGAGCAACUUUGCCAUUUUUUCUUUUUUUUUUUUUUUUUUUUUUACUAUGGUAUUUUUGUUGAAAUGCUUGUUUAUACAUUCAAAGGAGCAUAAGGUAGAGGUACACGGAAAUCAAAAUAUUCUAUUAAAUUCUAAUAUUCUAUGACAAAAUUGUAAAAAUUAGCAAUAGUCGGUGACAAUUAUUUAUCAUGGAUUUAUCAUUUAGAGGCAUUAACUGGAAUUUGGAAUGAUCCAAAUCUUAAAAAUGGGUAUCUGAUCUCAUUGAUUUAAUGAAAAAAAAUAGCACCAUGUAAAUUGACUUUUGAAUAGUUAGUUGCAGCUCUAAAAGUCUUUAUAUCUUGGAAUAAUAUCACAAAAAAAACUUUUCUUAAAUAUAAGAUUGCCACCUUUUUCUCCAAAAUAACUUUCUGCCUUGAAAAAAUCUGACUGUAUUCUUCCCAAAUUCAACUUUUUCUUGAAAGAGAUUUUUUGCAAAAAUACUAAAUUUCUUCUCCAAAAAUUAUUUUAAAAAAAUGACUUAAUUCUUGUCAUUUUUUUUUGCAAAUAUCUGACUUAUUUGCUUGAACAAAUAACAAAACUAACUUUUUGUCUUGAACAAAUCCAACUUUAUUUUUGUAAAAUCAGCAUGUACCCUGCCUCUCGCCCGAAGAUAGCUCCCGCGACCCUUGUGAGGAUCAGCGGCUCGGAUAAUGGACUUCGUUGUCAUUGUGUAAAUUUUGUUCCUUUCAUUCAGCGCGGGCCACACGCUCCUUUGCCCUUAAGCUGGUCUUCAGACGCCUGCAAAAAGACCAAUCACAUUCCAGCACUCUACUUUGGCAGCCAAUCACGAGGCCCGGAGAAGGUUUAUUUUUUGAAUUGAUUUUUUUUUUUUUUUUUUUUUUUUUUCCUCUCUCUUCUUAACUACGCAGCUUGCAUGUUAACACACAAAAUGCAACCUCUCUUGUUUCCAUGGCAACGCGGGCCCGAAGACCAAUCUGGAACAAUCAAUCGUCUUUGAUUCUAGCAUAAUUAGUGGCCAUUAGCAGAGUUGUCGGGCCAAAUGUUGACGAUGUAACCAAAGCGACCAAUUUAGCCUUCCGUGUAUCUUGUCAGUCGUUGUUAUUGAUCAGGUAUAGAUUACUUUGCACUUUUGUCUGAUUUCCUUUCUCAAUGCUGGAGUUAUUAGUAAAAAAAAAAAAACUACUAGUCACGCUUAUCACAAAUGCCUUAAAAUAGAAACAAUUUUUAAGUAGCUUUUUAUUGUAUCCAUGCUGCAUCUGACUCGCAUAACCGCCAUUUUGGGUCCCAGCACUGGAGGUACAUGGCAAACGUUUCCAAAAAUGUCAUUUUGAGACAUUUUUUUUUCUCUUUCCAUAAAAGGACAUAAAAUGAUCAACAACUGAAUGAUAAACUUUGAAAAGUGCCUUUAUGAAGUGCUUCCAGUGAAUACACGCACACAUUUAUGUGUCAAUACAAUGCCAAUGGAAGUAAAACAAAAAUGCUAUUCAUGAUGCUGGUAGCAUAUUAAAAAAAAAAAGUUUCAUCCUAACUUGAGUUUUUAUCCGAGAAAAGGAACUAAUUUUGUACAAAUAGGUUCCACUACUAAAAAAUCCAAACCAACUCACGGUGACUAAAAUAGCUAUGCAAAAGUUCAAAUGACACAAACCUGCAUCAGAGUAAGAUGGACUGCACUUCCCAUAAUGCUUUGCUACAGGGGCUGUACUGUAUUAAUGCUUGGACAAUGAAGCCAAUAAAGCAAUUAUGCUGGAGAAAAACACGACAAGGACGUUUGACUUUUUCC